CUCAGUGCCGUAGCCAGCGCUGAUAGAAGAUUUGAGAACGUGUAGACAGUUUAAAGCUUCAGGUGUUGUUUAGAAGAAGAAGAAAUCAUAAAGUGUUUGUGAAAGUGUGAUAAUGAACAAUUUAUUCAUUAGAAAAAUUGUUUUAUUGAAGUAGACAUUUCAUAUUGUAUAUAGUGAAUAGACUGAAUUUUUUCCUAGGCAAAUUUAAUUUGUCUUUUACUUUGUUAUUUAUUAUAAGUUAUAAAUAUGAUGACCGAGUCGCAGUUUGCUACAAAACCUCUUGCAGCAUCACCAAUGAUCCCAAAUAAACCUAUAAAGAAAUUGGAACCUGAGGAGAGUUGGAAGGCUAAACUAAAGAUUCCACCAACAGACAGAAGGAAAAAAACAAGUGAUGUCACUGAUACAAAAGGCAAUGAAUUUGAAGAGUUUUGUCUGAAAAGGGAAUUACUCAUGGGAAUAUUCGAGAAAGGUUGGGAAAAGCCCAGUCCGAUUCAGGAAGCAAGCAUACCUAUAGCCCUUUCCGGAAGAAAUAUCCUAGCGAGAGCCAAAAACGGAACAGGGAAAACUGGCGCUUAUUCCAUUCCUGUUUUAGAACAAGUUGACCCAAGUUUAGACCAAAUUCAAGCUCUAGUAAUCGUUCCUACUAGAGAACUUGCUUUGCAAACAUCACAGAUUUGUAUCGAACUAGCUAAGCAUAUGAAUAUUAAAGUAAUGGUGACUACCGGAGGGACAAAUCUUAGAGACGAUAUCAUGAGGAUUUUCCAGAAAGUGCAAGUUAUUAUUGCUACACCUGGCCGUAUCCUUGAUUUAAUGGAUAAGAAGGUCGCACAUAUGGACCACUGUCGAAUACUCGUCCUGGAUGAGGCCGAUAAGCUCCUGUCUCAGGACUUUAAAGGAAUGCUGGACCAUGUGAUCUCUCGUUUACCAAAAGAUCGUCAAAUAUUGUUAUAUUCUGCAACGUUUCCUCUCACAGUCAAGCAGUUCAUGGAUAAGCAUUUGAAGGACCCUUAUGAAAUUAACUUGAUGGAAGAAUUGACAUUAAAGGGCGUCACGCAAUAUUAUGCGUUCGUACAAGAAAGGCAAAAGGUUCAUUGCCUCAAUACUCUAUUUUCUAAGUUACAAAUAAAUCAAAGUAUUAUCUUCUGCAAUUCUACUCAAAGAGUCGAGCUGCUGGCUAAGAAAAUAACAGAGCUUGGCUACUGUUGUUAUUAUAUUCACGCCAAAAUGGCUCAAGCUCAUAGGAAUAGAGUGUUCCACGAUUUCCGUUCCGGACUUUGCCGUAAUCUAGUCUGUUCCGACUUAUUCACACGUGGUAUUGAUGUUCAAGCUGUAAAUGUUGUUAUAAAUUUUGAUUUUCCUAAAAUGGCCGAAACAUACCUUCAUAGAAUUGGUCGGUCUGGAAGAUUCGGACACCUUGGUAUCGCUAUUAAUCUUAUCACGUACGAGGAUCGGUUCGCACUCCAUCGCAUCGAACAGGAGCUUGGAACAGAGAUCAAACCGAUACCGAAGGUGAUUGAUCCUUCAUUAUAUGUUGCUAAAUUGGAAGAUGGUAUUGAAGAUGGCAACUUCAAGUAAUUUAUCAGCAGCAUCAACUCAUGUUUUUGUAAAUAGUCUUUUCUUUUUUUUUUCGGAAGAUCAUCAAAGAUAAUAUUAAAAAGCAGCGAUCAUUAUUUUUUUAAGAUUAUAAAACCUUCGUAAUAUAAGUUUUAAUGAUGUAUAGUUACAAAGCUCUUUUUCUUAAACAAAAAUGGAAAGGGGGGGCGGAACAAAGAAUGAUCUUUUCGUUCAGACGUUUUUAUACAAUUUUUAUGUAAAUAUUUAUACAUUAUUGUAUUGAGGUCGUUAUUGAUAUUCACACAGACUGUAUAAUAUAUUAUAUAAAGCGUUGUAAAUAGUUCGUAAUAACAUUUUUAAGGGUUGAGAGGCAAUUCUCAGUUCUGUUUGAAAAAAAAAAAGAGGAAAUUGAUUUUAAUUUGAUCUUAAAGAGUGGUUUGGCCCAGAAAUCGGUUUUAACUACACCAUAGAUGUAACAUCCCUGGAUCUCCUAAGGUGUGGUAGUGCUGAUUUCUUCAUCCACUUCAUUAGAAGUCUUGUAUGUAAAUAAUUAAGUAAUACAAUUCUGUUGGGGGGGUUAGAGGGGCUUAUAAGACAAAAUAUCCCUCUUAGCGCAAAAUUUUUUGAUGACUUUUUUUGAUUAUUUUCUUACCAAUUUUGUACAUAAAGAUAUAAAAGAUGGUGGCUUUUAUAAAUGAUACACCGCCUGAAAGGAGAUAAUUUUAUUUAUAAUAAAAAAAAAAUAAAACCAAUGAUGUCCAAUAGAGAGUCUAACUCAAAAGUACAUUAGAGAUCCACAUGAAAUGGAGGAGUUCAUUUAAUUCCUAUAUGGUACGGAUGCCGGUACCAGUUUAACAUAGGACGCAUGUUUCGCUCUUAUAAAUUCCAAAUUUUUUAUUUAUGCGUCCUAGGAAAUCCAGGUUUAUUAAAUCUGGAUUUUUUUCGGAGUUGUUCCUACAAGCUCUCAUCAAAUUUGAACAUUUCUUGAACUUCUUCCGAAGUUCACAUGGUGUAACUCUGUAUAAUAUUUAGGGUGGGGAGGGAAGGGGGGGCAGGGCGGGUGAUACUCGUGGUGCAAAGUUGUUGUACUUCUCCGA